AUGGCAGGAGCCAUCCCUGACCUGGCCCAGGAGUACGUUCCUCAGAGCACUUCGCGCCCCACACCGAGAAUCCUCCGGGCACAGGAGGUGAGCCCCCGCGUCCUCCGUGCCUGGCGCCCCACGUUCAUCUCUGCCAGGAUGCCAACGAGGCGCUGGGCCCCAGGCACCCAGUGCAUCACCAAGUGUGAGCACACGCGCCCCAAGCCGGGCGAGCUGGCCUUCCACAAGGGCGACGUGGUCACCAUCCUGGAGGCCUGUGAGAGCAAGAGCUGGUACCGGGCCAAGCACCACGCCAGCGGGCAGGAGGGUCUGCUGGCCGCGGGGGCGCUGCGGGAGCGGGAGGCGCUGUCUGCGGACCCCAAACUCAGCCUCAUGCCGUGGUUCCACGGGAAGAUCUCGGGCCAGGAGGCCGUGCAGCAGCUGCAGCCACCGGAGGACGGGCUGUUCCUCGUGCGGGAGUCGGCGCGCCACCCGGGUGACUACGUGCUGUGCGUGAGCUUCGGCCGUGACGUCAUCCACUACCGCGUGCUGCAUCGGGAUGGCCACCUGACCAUCGACGAGGCCGUCUGCUUCUGCAACCUCAUGGACAUGGUGGAGCACUACAGCAAGGACAAGGGGGCCAUAUGCACCAAGCUAGUGAAGCCCAAGAGGAAGCAGGGCACCAAGUCAGCAGAGGAGGAACUGGCCAAAGCCGGCUGGUUACUGAAUCUGCAGCAUUUGACGCUGGGCGCGCGGAUUGGAGAGGGUGAGUUUGGAGCAGUCCUGCAGGGCGAGUACCUGGGACAGAAGGUGGCCGUGAAGAACAUCAAGUGCGAUGUGACCGCCCAGGCCUUCCUGGACGAGACGGCGGUCAUGACGAAGAUACAGCACAAGAACCUGGUGCGUCUGCUGGGCGUGAUCCUGCACCAGGGGCUCUACAUUGUCAUGGAGCACGUGAGCAAGGGCAACCUGGUGAACUUUCUACGGACACGAGGCCGGGCCCUUGUGAGCACGCCCCAGCUCCUGCAGUUUUCCUUGCACGUGGCCGAGGGCAUGGAGCACCUGGAGAGCAAGAAGCUGGUGCACCGAGACCUUGCCGGCCGCAACAUCCUCAUCUCUGAGGACCUGGUGGCCAAGGUCAGCGACUUUGGCCUGGCUAAAGCCGAGCGGAAGGGGCUGGACUCAAGCCGGCUGCCAGUUAAGUGGACGGCGCCCGAGGCUCUCAAACACGGGAAGUUCUCCAGCAAGUCUGAUGUCUGGAGUUUCGGGGUGCUUCUUUGGGAGGUGUUCUCAUACGGCCGGGCUCCAUACCCCAAGAUGUCGCUGAAGGAGGUGUCGGAGGCCGUGGAGAAGGGGUACCGCAUGGAGCCCCCCGAGGACUGCCCGGGCCCCGUCCACGCCCUCAUGGGCAGCUGCUGGGAGGCUGAGCCCGCCCGCCGGCCGCCCUUCCGGAAGCUGGCGGAGAGGCUGGGCCGCGAGCUGCGCAGCGCAGGCGCCCCGGCCCCGCCUGACGGGCCUCCCAACCUGCCCUCUGUAGAUAUUCACCCAAAUGCCCUCUGA